CUUGACUGACAUUACGUCAGAUGACCCAUCAAUGCACAGGCCUUCACCGCACCUGGCCAAAAUUCAAACCGUCGAUACUAAAUAAAUCGUUGCUUGAAUUUAUGAAUUAAAAACAAAGUUUUAACAACCAUUAAUCGAUGGAUUUUGGAUAAUUGAUUCAUUGUUUACAACAUAUUAUUUUUAGAGUGCAGUAAAAAAUGGACAGAGCUGAGUAUUGUGGAAACUGUACAAUGCAGACGGAUUUACGUUGAUAUUGAUGCAAAGAGAGAUUACUAAAUGGGUAAAAGCGAAUGGAGAAAAAGUAUGGAAAAUCGUGGAUGCAUAGAACGUUUCGAUUUUGGACUGCAGCUGUUGUUGUGAUUUUAGUCGGUAAAAUUGCUGUUGAAGGAAGUAGUGAGAUAUGUAAGCAGCAGGAGGAGAGCUCUUUUCAUCUAAGAAAGCUUUCGUCGACUGUCAAGUCGAGCCAAAAGUGUGCUGAGUUGUGUUGCAAGGACAGCAAAUGUACAAUUCCAUUGCAAACAAAGCAUCAUUGUUAUGGAAUUGCUUGUGCCAAGAAGGAGCUUUGUCAAGUCAUUUUCGAACAACUGAAAAAUUUUCAAGGACAUCGGGUUGACAAGCGAGAGGCAGAGGAUGAUGAUGACGAAGAACAUGACCAAAGUUAUUGGCAAAAUGACCAUGGAAGAGCUCUGAGUAUCUACAAAAAACAGGACACUGAAUCUGUACACAACGAAACUGUUGAGUCAUUUGUCAGCGGAAUUGAGAGUACGCAACACGAAGGCAAUUUCCCUGCUUUUCUUAUUACAAGAGAAAGGCGAAAUUUACUUGAAGAAAACAAUGGAAAAUCGAAUAGCAGCUAUAACGGAGCAAACAGUUUUAUGAACCAAACUACCAAAAACCAGUUUUUUGUUACACUGAAUGAUUCUGUUUACGAUCUGGAUGGGAAAAGGCAGACGUUGGUAAAGCGCUCUAGUGCAGAUGAUGAUGAUGACGAUGAUGACGAAGAAAACAGUGACGAAGAUGACGUUGAUGGUAAUGACGACAACAAUACGAAUGAGACAUCCUGCUCCAAGGAUUCAAAAUUUCAUAAAUCAACGAUUCCAGAGAGAAACAAAAACUACCACCUCAAACGACUAGCAAAAAGAUCAACUUCUUUGAGUUCAUGCAGCAAAAAAUGUUGCAAAACUGACAGCUGCAUUUUGUCAUUUAUCGUUGAAAAGACUUGUCUUGGCAUUCUUUGCAAUGGCGAUGGAGAUUGUCACACCAAGAAGGAAAAGCUGCCGGAGAUGCAUUUUGCGAUUUCAACAGUUAAACGUGAAGCUUCUUUGGAUGAUGACGGAAGUACGGAAAACGAUGAGCAAAAGCGGAGUGCAGUUCAGAGCAAAGAUGAUGAAGAUGUGGAUGGAGACGUAGAUGAAGAUGAUGAAGAUGAAGAAGAGGAAAAAGAAAAGAAGGAAAAGAAGCAGAAGAAGGAGAAAAAGAAAAAGCAUGUACAGCGCAGCCAUGGAAAAACUCACAGAAAAGAAGAAAAGAAGAAAAAGAAAUCUUCAACAAAGCAUAAUAAAAUCGUUCAUAAAGAACGCAAAAAAGGCAAAGCAAAGAAACGACAUGAGCAUAGAAGUUUUAAGAAGAAAUCACACCUUGUACACAAACCAAGCAAAAAGGAAAAGGAUGAGGAAGAUUCUUCUGGAUCCGGGCAAACAGAAUCAUCAAGCAAGCGUCAUAGAAUCAGCAAAGGAAAAUUAGAUGAAGAAAAUGCUAUCGAAAACAGUGAAGAUACAGCUUCUGUGGGCAGAAGAUACGAAACGAUAGCAGAUGACGCUAAUGUGGAAAGAAAUAAUGAAAUUGAGAAAAAGAAUGAAUACACAGACGACGUAAAGCAUCUUAUUUUCGCAAAGAAGCCAAGAAACAGCACGUUGUUUGAUGACACUGUAGUUGGAUCUGAAAAGGAAGCAAAUGAUCCAGACGGAGGAGAUUCACCUGCAAGAGACGAAGACCCAAUUCAGAGGGUUGAGGAAGAGGAACCAGACGAUAGGGGUGGGCAACAGGAAGAAAAAGUUCAUCUUCCAAACCUAGACGGAGAGCAAGCAGGCAUGGGAGACGAGUCAAUGAAAAUGAGGGAAUCGUCUGUCGAGAAUGACAAAAGAAGUGACUUAAUGGUUGAGCAUCGGCAGUACGAGGAUGUUGAAGAGAGGCCAGUUGAUAAUGAAGAUGAAGAUGGAGAUGGAGAGGAGGCUCCUAGAACGAGACAUCACCAGAGCAGUAACAGGCAUAAUAAGCAUCAUAGAUGGCAGCACGAUAAAUAUGUUGACGCCAAUCACCAUAAGAAAAAACAUGAUUAUUGGGACAGAGGUUCUCAUCACCGUACUUUUAGACACAGAUCUCACAGCCAAGGCUAUUCAAGUCCAAGACAGGAAGAAUUUGAAAGAGCAAGAUAUUUGAAUGAUGGGCCUAGCCACAAGGACCAUUCGAGCAUAAAGGAAAACGACGAAGAGCAGCCAGAGACAAGAGAUGAACAUGCUGUGAAAGAUAGUGACGAAACAAGUGGUCACUAUGAAGAACAGCCUUCCAGCAAAGUGCUGGCACUCUCACAUGACGAUAACAGAGGCAGUAAACAACACGCUGGACCUUCAAUUAGCCAUGAAAAACAUUCAAAAGCUUCAAGGAAAAGUCACAUUCAUAGUUCCAAGAAACAUAGGCAUAAAGGCAAGAAAAAGGCAAAAGAACCAAAGAAACAUCAUCAGAUGAACAGGGAGGAGGAGUUAAUUGCAAAGCUUGAACAUCUUGAAGAAAAGAUCGAGAAAAAGCAAAAAAAUGAAGUUGAAACUCGGAAAGAAAAGAUUUUGCAGAAAGUAGAAAAAUUAGCAAGUACUCUCGAGAAAAAGACGUCAACAAAAUCAAACAGCAAGAUAGAAGAAAAGGACGAAGAAAGUUCCGGUCAAGAAGAUAGAAAGAAAUCAAAAUCCAAGUUAGAGAAGAAAGGAGAAACAGUGCCAGACUUGGAGAGCAGCAGACAUGCAGCAAAGAAAGAGGAUGUAGAGCCCGAGAAAAUAGAAAUACCACCUAACAACAAGCAUAAAAAGAAAUCAAAGAAGAAAGGCUCUAAAAAAGAGAGCAAAAAUCAUCAUAAUCAAAAGGAAAAGGAGAAGCUAGAGUCAAUCAGUAGCAGGUUUAUGUCAGGUGAAGGGAGUUCUCUUAAUGUGAUGCAGCACCAGUCAGAGGCUAGUGGAGUUGGCGAAGACAAUGAUGGAGUGGAGGCUCACUAUCUAGGUUUUGAAAGAGAUCAUGGAGUAGAAGAUAGCAAUUGGUCCCAGCGUAAUGUUGUCAUACCUUAUAUAAACAAGAAGUCUCAUCACGGCUCUCAUCAAAAACAUGAUACAUACAUGCCUGUACUAAACGAAAAUAUAUUGGAUGGUUUAGACAAGAUGAGGUAUGAUAAAAAGGAUAAAAUUGCAAAACCAUCAGAUAAUGAUAAAGUCGAGCUCAAAGGUGAAAUCAAGAGAGCUCGCAAUUAUAAAGAGUUUCUUAAAUUGAAAGCCAAUGCUGGAAAGCCUGACAAGAAAUCAGAGCACCAUACAAGAAAGAGCAGUUCAAAAUCAUCACACAAGAGCAAAAGUAAGAAAGAAGAGUCAAAAGAUAAGAAAGGCAGCAACAGUGAUAAACUCAAGAAAGAAUUUGAAAGAUACAAAGCAUUUGUCAAAGCUCAGGAAAUGGCUAUGAGCGGUGAAGGGUCUGGGGACGGUAAAGAAGGUUCGGGGUCAAAAGAAGUUUCAAUACCAGUAUUAUCAGGCAAGAAAAGUAAAUCGCAUAAGAAAAGCAAGUCUAAAGCUUCACAUAAGCACAAGAAAUCAAAACACAAGGACAGUAAAUCUCACAAGCAUAGAUCAAGUAAGAAGCAUCUGCCCAAAGCUGCCUUAAUUUUGGAGGGUUCAGGGAGUAGUGAAAAUCUAGUAAGCAUCGAAGAGGGUUCUGGAGUGCAUGAGAAGAAAGAUCAUCACGAAAAAACUAAGCAUCACAGUAGAAGCAAAAAGAAGCACGUUAAAGUGGAAGGAAAUGUAAAUGGAAAUGAACAGGAAGGUACAGCUUCAAAAAAAUCUUAUUCGAACAUCAGCAAUACCAAUACUACAUUAAGUAAUGGUACAAAGGAAGAUGAAGAACACAAGACAGAAGUAGAGAAACCAAAGAUGUUUCUUGAUAGGAAAGAAUCUGCCGCCGGUGAAGCACAAGGAAAAAAUCAUACAAUAGAAACAGUACCAGAAAACAGAAAUCAUUCAAAAACCUCGCAUGAUGUUCCUACUGCUCAUGUAAGCGUGAGCAAUAAACUACACGGUGAAGUGAUUUCAGAGAGAAACACAACUUGGAAAAAUGCCGAAUCGAGGUCAUCAGCUAACACAACAACCGGAGUUGGCCACAACAGGAUACAGAAUAGUUUAAACCAUGCUCCUUCGAAGUCCUCCAAGGCAAUUGCACGUACUAGCGCUGAGAAUACAAAGAAGGCCCCUGCCGUUGUCCCAACAACAAAGGCAAUAAUCACUACAACUAUUGCCACGACUGAUAAACCACCUUUAAGGGUGCAUGUGACAUCAACCGCCCUACCUAAAACUACAAGGACUUCUACUACACAAAGAAAGACUCUCCCAGCAACUACAAAACCUCUAACUGCAAAGAAGCGGUUUAUGGCUAAAAAGAAACCACAUAAAACUACCCCUCCUCCGACGAGAAGGCUUACCACCACAAGCAUUCCUACACUUAGUAUUUUGACUGGGGAUGAAGACGUAGAAGAAGAAAAGAAGGAACCAACAUCCAGGAGAAAGAUGCCGACGCGACAACAUUCUACCAAGACCAAAGAACGUAAAAAACCGUCAAAAACAGACAAAAAGAUCAAUAUAAGCAAAAACACAAGCAAAGUUCACCAAAAGAAAGCGCCGUCGAGGGAAGUUCUUAAUCAAAGACUUAUUACGACGUCGAAACCAAUUUCGUUUGUCCCAUCGGUUCCAGUGCAGCCACUCAGCCCAACUGUGAACAUUUUCCAAAACAGAGCUAUGUCGCAGCAAUUGGCUGGACCAGGAGGAUCUACAGGAAUUCUCGGAGAUCUUCAGUUACCAGAACCUCCUGGUACUGGUAAUGUAGCUUCAGGACCACCAUUUUAUGGCCAGCAAGGCAUUCCUGCAAGACUUCCUGUUCAAGGACCUCUUGGUCAGAUGCAAUACCAUCAAGGGCAACAAGGAAAGAUCUUGAAUAAUGGUAUGAUUCAAGGGGCUGGCAUUGGAGAUCCAAGUUCAAGAAAUGACUUUCACAAGACGUUGCAAGGCAGCCAUGUCCAGCAAAUGCCACCAACGGCCAAAACGUUUCAAACGUUUGAUUAUGGGGGCAGCUCGCCUUUGCCUAAACCAACAAGCAUUCCUCAGAAUUACAUAACUACUGCCUUAAAGCCUCCAAUAGCUCCUUCGCAGAAACAGUUAUAUAAUAAGAUUCCAGAGUCACCGCAGAACGUAAUUAAUAGAAUACUAGGAGAGGCACAUAAACCCUCUCCCAUCCAAGUAAUACAACAUAUAUUGAAACCAAAGCAAAAGCAAAAGGACUUAUCUGAUUUACAUCCUGUAAAUAUGAAGCCAACAAUGAACAAAGAGCCUAAAGCCAAAGGCCCCGGUGCAACCAAUGUAAAUGCUAACAAACCAGAACAAAAUCAACAUAAGGAGAAACCUCCACCUAAGGUGCCAACAAUACCUCGAAAGAAACCAUCAUCAACAGUAAAGAGGCCCUCUAUCAAGCCAAAACCUCCCAGCAAAGGCCAGAAGAAACCCAUGGCAAAGCUAAACGAUUUUUUCAAAAAGGUCGAUAAUAUACAGCCACAAAAGACGACAGAAAAACCAACGAAAGUAACAGUGCCAAAGCCAAAUAUUCCAAAGAAAAAAGCUCCUGAAUCAUCUGCUCCAAUAAGUCCAAAAGACAAACCAGAAGCUGGCUCUUGCCCUGUGCGACAGAACUUGGAAAAUAUGGUUCUUUCAAAGGGCAGGAAAUCAGGAGAAUUCACCAGGAUGCAGGGCUACCCCACUCUUGACAAGUGCAUUAAGCAGUGCUGCAAAACACCAACAUGUGACCUUUUAUUUAAAUCAGGGGAGGUUUGCUAUUUGGUGCAUUGCCACAACCAUGAGUCCUGUAAAACAGAACCUUUAAAAGAGCCUACAAUAAGGACAAGAAUAGUUUUUGUGAAAAAGCCAAAUACAAAUACCCAAACAGGUAAGCCAGCUAUUUGUCAAGGUGAAAAUGCCUUUGGAAUCUUGUGGAAAGAAACAAAACCAGGGCACUUUGCCACUCGCUCAUGUCCAAGAGAGGCCAAAGGCUUUGCCAAAAGACAGUGCAAUGACCAUUCGCAGUGGCUGACACCUGACUUUGGUGGCUGUGUUUCAGAUCAGUAUACCAACCUCAAUGAAGAUGUAAAACAUCUCGGCUUCACUGCAAGCGUCAAAGACGUCCUUGCAAAACUAGAGGAAAUAACGACCCAAACAAUUGAUAAUUCCUUGGUUUUUGGUGGGGACAUUAUCAAGGCAUCAAAUAUUCUAGACGAAGUGUCCAAAUUCGUCCAAAAGAAUCACGCUGAAAGAUUUGGAUUUGGGGCUCUUCGGAAUUUUGCUCGAUCUGCAAGUAAUUUGCUUGAUGUCACCAAUAAGCAAGAAUGGGAAAAUGUGAAUCGUUCUUUAAAAGGACCAGGGAAAAUCAUGAGAGCUCUUGAAAACUUUAGUGUGGUCACUGCUGGCAAGAUACCUCCUAUCAACAACAACCAACCAAUUAUCACCAACAAUAUGGUAUUGUCAGUUGCACGUCACUCGAGAAGCCAGAAGUACGUCUUUCCAAAUUACAGCAUGCCUUUUCUCAAGAGAUGGACAACCAAAAAAGACCAGAUAAUUCUGCCUGGACAUUUGUUUAAGGCCGGAGUCGUUAAGGUAGCCAGUGUCAACUACAAAAAUUUAGCACCGCUUCUCCCUCAUCAAUGGAAUUCAAACAACCACGUGACCUUCACAGACGGCUUUCGUGUGAAUAGCAAAGUCAUUGCUACCUCGAUACGACCGGAACCAACCAAGAAGAUCGAUCCUCCAGUCACAAUAAUUUUGCAUCAUCUGAAGGAGAGCAAUUCAGCGAGGACCAAAUGUGUCUAUUGGGAUUUUAAUUCAAACCCUCAAAAUGGCGGAGGCUGGUCAUCAAAUGGAUGUUGGGUGGUUACAAGCAAUUCAACGGUUACCGUCUGUCAGUGUGAACACCUGACUCAUUUUGCUGUCCUAAUGAACCUCAGCGAUGAAGAUAGGGUGUCAGCGAAAGAACAAGCCAAAGAGAACACAUUUGCUCUGAUGUGGCUUGGUAUCCCAGUUAUUGUAGUGCUGUCAGUUGGGGCCAUGUACACGUGCUUUGCCUGGUCGAAAGCUCCGAGAAGACGCCACGUAGUUGUAAAAGAUGGCAAACCAAAAUUACCUGAGGACGAAGUUAUUGUGACGAAUACCGUAAAAGAAGAUUUCCCUGGCUCUCCAAAUCGUUACCUGUAUUCUUCCUACACAUCACCAAGUCCAUCAGAUUUAGAAUGGGAGCACGUUUGGGAUUUUCUAACGAACUCAGAAUUUGAAAACUGGCAAUGCACAGAAAAAUUCAAACGCAGACGACCGAGGAGAAGGAGGCUGGAUCUGCGGCCUUCCAGGCUACUAAGGGGGCGCAAAAAUAAGUUGAAAGAUAAAUUUGAAACGAGUGAAUAUUUCUCAGAAGGAGACAGCUCGUCUGCAAGAUGGAAGCACCAGGAUGACAAUGAGUGGUCUCGAGAGAGAAUUAAAUGCCUUGGCAAAAAGGCGAUUGACAUUGAGAGUGAGGCAUCGCAGCCUGUUGACUCUUUAGAGGAGUUCUCUGACGUCACUUCAGUUGCUGAUUCAAAAGACGGUGACAAGUGCAGCAAUAGUUUCGACCACUUUUCUCCUGAUGCAAUCAGCUCUCCGCACGCCGGAUACAGAUCUGAUUCUAAAUAUUACAGUUUUGUUUACAGGUCAAAUCUUAAUUUGAAAGAUCGUGAGCAAAUUCAUCUCUCAUUCAAAGCCAAGAGUAGACUUGCUAGUGAGCGGAAUACAUUGUAUUCAUCAUGCUCUUCUCUUGAGACGAUUCAUAGACAACAACCUUCCAGGAUUCAUAAAACAAAGUAUGCCUCAACAUCCUGUCUCGUUACGAUCGGAAGGAGAAGCAAAACGAGGCUUGUAGAUAGAAAAUGGAGCUCGAAGAUCUCAUUAGCAUCAUCGAUGAGGACUGUUCUGUCAUCAGGGUUUUUAGAUAAGACUUGGAGCUCGAAAUAUGCAUCCAGUUUAUCAAUCAGCACACUGACUCGAUCGGUUUCUACUAAAACAAUCAAUGAUGAUGUAGAUUGUUAUCAUUCUGGUUGCGAAAAUUCAGUUUUCGAGAACUUGUCUUCCGAGCAAGGUUACGGCACGUUCGAAUCUAGUGCUGCAUUGAGUAAUGAUAUCAUGGAUAUGAAUAUAACAUCUAGUGACACCGGGCUAGUAGAGAAUGGUCAUGCCAAUAUAUCGAAUGGUUCGAUAAGUAGCAAUAUACCUACCUAUGAUAUGAAUUUGCUGACACCGAGCAAAAAGCCAAUAGGAGCCAUCGAAAAACCAAUUGAGUCGUCUUCUCUUGAUAAUUCUUGGAUGGAUGACUUUGAAAAAGAUUUGAAAAAUUUUGAGAGUUUACUGUGCGAGAGUUCUCAGAUUCCUGCUGUAGACAGAGUUUUGAGUGACUGGCAAGAGAAAAGCAAAGCCUUUCUCGAAGAUACUUAUAUCAUGAACAUGGAUCUGAUUGGGAAUGAUACGCAAGUAAGUGGAUCAGCCAACAGUAUCAAUUCGCUGCCGGAUGCAAAUGGAAUUGCGGAGGAUAAUAUCUUUUCUGAUGCCAUUCACAAGACAAAUACAUUAAAUACAUUGAGCUGCUCGUCAAUUGCAUUUUCUUCAGAAGACCUUGGUAUUGAUAUGCGGACAGGCAGUUAUGAAGAUGAAUCUUUAAUUCCUGGAAUUUCUAGCUCUGAUGAAAAGCAAUUUUCAAGUUCCGCCUACCUCAAGACGCAUUCAGUUGAGAACUUUGGAGACAUUGAAACGGAAUCAGAGCAUGAAACAAUCUUACAAAAUGUUAAUAAGCAGAAAACACCUAACAAAGGGAAGAUAGUUUCACAAAAGAGAGGUUGUCAUCAGAACCGAGUUGUGAGCUUCCCACGGACUUCCACAGUUAAAAGAAAGACAAAAGUUCUGAAAAAGAAGAUCGAGAGAACCCCAUUGGCCACAACAGGGCUCAGUGUCAGAUCCCCUACUAAGCAUAUGCGUAGUUACAUAGUCUUACGUCAGCAGUCCCGUUACUCUGAGAAUGAGAGGAGUACGGUCACUAUUGAGAGGCAAGAGAGCCUCUCUGGUAGCGAAAGUAGAUGCAUCAGACGAGUGAAUAAAGCAGGCACAAGAAAACCUGGCCGACGCGCCAAUGUUACUGACGUUGCUAGCAACCAAGAAGAGAAUCAAGCAUGUGAACAAGCCAGUCCAUGCCAAGAGAACCGGACUUUUGAAAAGGAGAGUGAUCAGUCUUUGGAAGAUGACGUAAGGAUAACCAGCCGUAAUGAAUCUGAGGGAAGUGAUCACGAUCUUUUGUUGGCUGUUAAAAUAGAGGUAGAAGAAGAAGAAAAGCUGAGCAAAACAAUAGAAAGUUGUCUGAAAGGAACCAAAGAUGAUGCUCCAAAGACACGGGUGACAUUCACUGGUUUAGAUGACGUCACAGUUGCUGGAGACAGUGAGGACGAUAUUCGUCGGAGCGUUGAAUCGAGUGUAUUUGGUUCAACUUUGAGAAGAUGGCGAGGACGAUCAAGGCUAUACUCAUUUCAACGUAGUGAUAAAGAUUUAUUGAAAGAAUAAAUAAGUUAAAUGCUCAAUAUUGUUAAAUAUUUUUAAGACCCUUCAAAAUGGCAAAAUAAAAUCUGUUCUAAAUCGUGUAAGGUGUUAUCUGGACCUAAAAAUAAUGAUAUAAAUAUGCUGCUUAAUAUCACAAAAUGGUACAAAAUUAUUGAAAGAGUUAAUGUAUACAUAAAUUGAAUGCUUGCUAUGAUUGAAUACCUUAGAAGAUGUUAUGCUCAAUUCUGGUAAAACUUUAUUUAAACAUUAAAUGAAUACAUAAAUAGAUGCUUGGAUAUUAUGGAAGAUGUUGCAAAAUAACUAGAUAUAAUUUGCAUUUAACCCAAUCAAGAGAGAGCUGAAAAAAGUUAUGGAUAUAUUUAUUUGGUGCUUUAUGUCAUUUCUUUAAGUUCAGGCUUGUAACUAAUAGACUAAGCAACAUAAAAGUGGAAUUUAUGCCAAACAAAGCGUAUAUAUAUGCGAGCUAACAACGAAGGAUUUGUUUUUGACACAAGUGAUGUAUCUGGCAGCGAAAAAACUGGCAAUACUACGUAUAUUAGCUUCUUCAUUUUUACUGCCUCGUGCUUAAAUUAGUUGUAAAUAGUUAUUUAACAAUUUUUUUUCGACUAAACAUGUUUUUAUCUUGUAACUGUAUUCUGUAUCAAAUGUCAAUCUUUUUAAAUGCAUGUCUAUUGCAACCAUUAAAAAGAGAGCAUAUUAAAACUAGUACAGUGCAUAAUAUUUUAUCCUGCGAGUAGAUUUAUUUAUAUCCAUCUUUCAAAUAAAACUUAAAGGCAGAAAGUAGUUUUAUUAUCGUAAAUGAUAAAACCAGUCCUACAAAAAUAUAAGGCGAAAAAGUGAAAUAAAAUUACCUUCUAGUGAACCCAUUACAUCACAACCAAAACAUUUAUAUUGACAAAGUAAUCAUUUUUCUUAUCAACUUCUGAAUUAGAUGGUUGUAAAGAGUGAAAUUUACAUUUAUAUUAGAUAGUUAUUAAUGUAAAUAUUAAUUCUACGAAUUAGAUUACAGGAAUUUGACGACUUUUGUUUUUUUUGGACCACUCACUUUACUC